GCAGCUUACAGCAACAGAGUUUAGACUGUCUUUGCUUCAUCAUCUGAAGGUAAAAUUUUCCAGAUACGGCAGACGGCUUUCAGAGCACAAUAAACAGGGACUGAGAACUAUUUACAUGGAAAUCUCUUUCUCAUGAUGCAGUGGAGAAGCCUCGGUCCCUUGAUUCUGCCAGAUGUUCCUGGGGUUACUGUACAUGGGAAGGACAGGCAGAGCUAAACAAGGUGUACGGGCAGAUGAAGUGGCCAUCAAGCUAGUGUCAAUGGAGAGAGAAAAGGACAAAGGUCAGCUGAAAAGCAGUUCUGUUCACCAGAGGCUGUGGCUGGGGAAGGAAAUGGAAAUUCUAUCUAAGACUUCCCUGGGAAUUCAGGGCGAGAUUCAGCCUGCAGCUGAAUAAUUGUUCUGUCUGGCUGUAGCCAUUGGUUCCUGGACAUCCAGGAAACUGGUUCAUGAUUUGAAAGUGCCUGUGUGAAGUCACUUUUGCUGCAGACUUCAGCUUGGGAGCUCUUUCUGUGUUCACAUCUUGUUUUUUCUCUCAAAUACACUUUACCCUGACCUUAUGAGUGGAUGAAGAUACCUCAGUUGUCUGGUUUUGUCAAUUGCUUAAUUUCAGAAUUGAAAAAGGAGGAAGGAAAAUUCUGCUAAAAUAUGAACAUCUGAGUGGCUUAUGUUUGAGCACCGUCAAUAGCUGUGCGUGUCGGAACUAAAUAUUCUCCCAAGGAGUGCCAUGAUAUUGGAGGCAAUUUAUUAAAAACAGUUGUAUCUGCAAAACAGUGAAGAGACUCAGACAUUUAUAGCCAGAGAUGACACUGAGCAUGCUUUUAUUGCGGCCCGCAGUCUUCAAGUGGAACAUAUUGAUUGAUGAGUGACUGUCUGCCAAUAAACUCUCUCAUCACUCUGCUUCCUGGACUGGACUUCAUUAAGCGAUUUAUCACUUACCUUCAGACUUACAUGUGGGAGUUUUCACAACAGUAGUUUUGGAAUCAUUGGAACUUGGAUUGACUUCAUCAUUUAACAGAAACUUAACAGAGUCCAAAUUACUUUAUCAUCAUGGCUUUGAACGUUACCCCAGUCAGAGACACGAAAUGGCUGACGUUGGAAGUCUGCAGACAGUUUCAAAGAGGAACGUGCUCACGCUCUGAUGAAGAAUGCAAAUUUGCUCACCCCCCGAAAAGUUGCCAGGUUGAAAAUGGAAGAGUAAUCGCCUGCUUUGAUUCCCUAAAGGGCCGAUGUUCGAGAGAGAACUGCAAGUAUCUUCACCCUCCGACCCACUUAAAAACUCAACUAGAAAUUAAUGGGAGGAACAAUUUGAUCCAGCAAAAAACUGCAGCAGCGAUGCUUGCCCAGCAGAUGCAAUUUAUGUUUCCAGGAACACCACUUCAUCCAGUGCCCACUUUUCCUGUAGGUCCCGCAAUAGGGACAAAUACAGCUAUUAGCUUUGCUCCUUACUUAGCACCUGUAACCCCUGGAGUUGGGUUGGUCCCCACGGAAAUUCUACCCACCACACCCGUUAUUGUUCCCGGAAGUCCACCCGUCACUGUCCCGGGCUCCACUGCAACUCAGAAACUUCUCAGGACUGACAAACUGGAGGUCUGCAGGGAGUUCCAGCGAGGAAACUGUGCCCGGGGAGAGACCGACUGCCGCUUUGCACACCCCGCAGACAGCACCAUGAUCGACACAAACGACAACACCGUAACCGUUUGUAUGGAUUACAUAAAGGGGCGUUGCAUGAGGGAGAAAUGCAAAUAUUUUCACCCUCCUGCACACUUGCAGGCCAAAAUCAAAGCUGCGCAGCACCAAGCCAACCAAGCUGCGGUGGCCGCCCAGGCAGCCGCGGCCGCGGCCACAGUCAUGACUCAGUCGACUGCCAAAGCAAUGAAGCGACCUCUCGAAGCAACUGUAGACCUGGCCUUUCCUCCUGGUGCUCUUCAUCCUUUACCAAAGAGACAAGCACUUGAGAAAAGCAACGGGGCCAGCACGGUGUUUAACCCCAGCGUCUUGCACUACCAGCAGGCUCUGACCAGCGCACAGUUGCAGCAACACACUGCGUUUAUCCCAACAGAUAAUUCUGAAAUAAUCAACAGAAACGGAAUGGAAUGCCAAGAAUCUGCAUUGAGAAUAACUAAACAUUGUUACUGUACAUACUAUCCUGUUUCCUCCUCAAUAGAAUUGCCACAAACUGCAUGCUAAAUAAAGAUUUAGUUCUUCUGGACAGACCACAACUCUAAGAAGCUAGUGCUGCUAUAUCAUAUAUGAGUAUUAAAUAUGGUAUGCUUAGUAUAUUCCAACCUAAGAUAGUUAACUACCUGAGACCAGCUGUGAUGUUUAAAGACAUAAAGGAUAAAGUUUACUUUUAAAGGGUUCCUAAACAUAGUUUCUGUCCUAGGAAUAUUGUCUUAUCUCCAUAACUAUAGCUGAUGCAGAAAGUCCAACCAAUGUACUCAUUUCGACUCAAUAUUUCAAAUUUAGCAAUAAACAAUUAGCAUUAGUUUAAAAACCUAUUCCAAGGGCAGGUUUGAUUCUAACUCCAAUUAUUGUCAUUUCAUUUACCCACUGGAUCAAAGGGUAUGUUUCACUUCUUGGCAAGAUGAAUGCUGCAGCAAAGACAAGAAGUGAAGUAAAACCGAUACCUGUCCUGCAGGUCUAAAAUUUGAAUGGAAAUUCAAGCACAAGUACUGGGGACACAUCAAAGUGUGGUGUUUGGUUUGCCUGGAGAUGCCGCAUUGACUCACGUGAUUCUAGAAUAACAUUAAAUAGAUUGAAAAAGAAACUUUGCACGGUAUGAGCUUCAUACCCCACCAAACAAAGUCUUGAAGGUAUUAUUUUACAAGUAUAUUUUUAAAGUUGUUUUAUAAGAGAGACUUUGUAGAAGUGCCUAGAUUUUGCCAGACUUCAUCCAGCUUGACAAGAAUGAGAGACCCAUGCCAACAGUCUAAUCUAAGGGAUUAGUCUUUCAAACUCACCAUCCGGUUGCCUGUGACAGAAUAACUCUCCUAAACUAAAAACCUAGUCAAACAAGGAAGCUGUAGGUGAGGAGAUCUGUAUAAUAUUCUAAUUUAAGUAAGUUUGAGUUUAGUCACUGCAAAUUUGAUUGUGACUUUAAUCUAAAUUACUAUGUAAACAAAAAGUAGAUAGUUUCACUUUUUAAAAAAUCCAUUACUGUUUUGCAUUUCAAAAGUUGAAUUAAAGGGUUGUAACUGACUACAGCAUGGAAAAAAAAUAGUUCUUUUAAUUCUUUCACCUUAAAGCAUAUUUUAUGUCUCAAAAGUAUAAAAAACUUUAAUACGAGUACAUACAUAUUAUAUAUACACAUACAUAUAUAUAUACUAUAUAUGGAUGAAACAUAUUUUAAUGUUGUUUACUUUUUUAAAUACUUGGUUGAUCUUCAAGGUAAUAGCGAUACAAUUAAAUUUUGUUCAGAAAGUUUGUUUUAAAGUUUAUUUUAAGCACUAUCGUACCAAAUAUUUCAUAUUUCACAUUUUAUAUGUUGCACAUAGCCUAUACAGUACCUACAUAGUUUUUAAAUUAUUGUUUAAGAAACAAAACAGCUGUUAUAAAUGAAUAUUAUGUGUAAUUGUUUAAAACAUCCAUUUUCUUUGUGAACAUAUUAGUGAUUGAAGUAUUUUGACUUUUGAGAUUGAAUGUAAAAUAUUUUAAAUUUUGGCAUCAUCGCCUAUUCUGAAAACUAGAUGCACCAACCAUAUCAUUAUUUGUUUGAGAAAAAAGAAAUCUACAUUUUAAUUCAUGUUGGUCAAAGUCUAAUUACUACCUAUUUAUCUUAUAUCGUAGAUCUGAUAACCCUAUCAAAAGAAAAUCACAUUCUAAGUGUAAACUUACAUAGUGCUUGUAUCGUUGCAUUUGUUUUAAUUUGUGGAAAAGUAUUGUAUCUAACUUGUAUUACUUUGGUAGUUUCAUCUUUAUGUAUUAUUGAUAUUUGUAAUUUUCUCAACUAUAACAAUGUAGUUAUGCUACAACUUGCCUAAAACAUUCAAACUUAAUUUCUUUUCUCUUUUUUUUCUUUAUUAAUUCAUUUAAACUCAUUGAAAACAUAGUAUACAUUACUAAAGCAUAAAUUACGGGAAUCACAAAUAUUUUUGUAGAAUAAUUGUAACAUUGUCUUUCUUUUUUUUCUUUGGUUUCAUGAUUUUGAUUUUAAAAAUUAUUAGCACACAACUAUUUUCAGCCCUUUAAUAAUGGAGCAUCAAAAACAUCACCUGUAUCCCCAAAUAUAGAAGACUAUUUUUUACUAUGAUAUCCAUUUUCCAGAAUUGUGAUUAUAAUAUGCAAAGAGUCAUAAAUAUGCCAUUUACAAUAAGGAGGAGGCAAGGCAAAUGCAUAGAUGUACAAAUAUAUGUACAACAGAUUUUUGCUUUUUAUUUAUUUAUAAUGUAAUUUUAUAGAAUAAUUCUGGGAUUUGAGAGGAUCUAAAACUAUUUUUCUGUAUAAAUAUUAUUUGCCAAAAGUUUGUUUAUAUUCAGAAGUCUGACUAUGAUAAAUAAAUCUUAAAUGCUUUGUUUAAUUACAAAAACAAAAAUCACCAAUAUCCAAGACAUGAAGAUAGCAAUUCAACAAAUACUGUAGUUAAGAGACUAACUCUCCACUCGUAUGGGAACUACAUUUCACUCUUGGUUUUCAGGAUAUAACAGCACUUCACUGAAAUAUUCUUUCAGCCAUACCACUAGUAACAUUUCUACUAAACCUUUCUUUAACACUUAAAGAAUUUCCUCAUUCAUUACCUUACAGUGUAAACAGGAGUCUAAUUUGUAUCAAUUCUAUGUUUGGGUUGUAAUAUUCAGUUCACUCACCCAAUGUACAACCAAUGAAAUAAAAGAAGCAUUUAAAAGGA